AUGUCUACUGCAAGCGGACACACCACCAACUCCAACCACAUCUUGGCCCAACUCAAGCAGCAGAUCGACGCGCUGGAGAAGAAAGUCAACGACCAAGACUGUGAGGACGACAUCGAGCAGUGUGAGACACAGAUCAAGGGAAUGUCAGACGAGAUUCGAGCUUUGAAAGCACGGACCGGAGAUACACGAGCAUCAGUCAAGAUUAGGACACCCGACACCUUUAAAGGAGAACGACACAAGCUAGAGCACUUCUUAAGUGAAUGUGACAUCUACCUAGCCACCAAAGCAGGACUUACCGAAGUUGAGAAG